AUGCCCGACAUGCACGCUAUCUUCAACUCUGUUUCACCACCUAAACUCGAUCUUUCAAAUGCGCCUUCUCAGCUAUUCCAAGUGCCAGCCUCCACGGCUUCCACCUCACUAUAUUCUCUCUCGGUCAGUCGCAAACGACCACGCCGUAACAAAGAGAAACUUUCGUCGCACUUUGAGUCCAAUUUCGCUGGGUCUCCGAUGAUCCACUCCAACUACCGCUCAGUAAGCUUAAGUGGGAACGAUUUCCACGCUUCUGCCGAGCUAGACUACCGUCCGAACCGAUACCGCGAAUCCUUCCUCCCGCCUUCCUUCGAUUCCAGCGACGAGUCAACAAGCCUAGCAGACUACAACGGCAGUCGCAAGCGCAGCCGCCGCGACUCUUGCAUUAUAUCCGCAAGCCCCGAUGGGUCCAAUACCACAACGGCCACAGGCUGGGGCCGGACCGUGAUCAAAGCCGUGACCAAAGUCCUUGAUCUAUGCUGGGCGGGCGCAUUCCGAGGGUUCUAUGCAGGAGGAGGGCAGGGCUAUGCCAUGUCAUCUGGACCAGCAACCACUCUCGAGUCCAGCUGGCAGGCCUCAACCAGCCCGUCCACCGAGAAAGACAUGUACAGCCCAAACACAUUUUGCUCAACACCCGUACCUGGCCAAUAUCCAGACGACGAGGUCGAUCGAAGCUGGGUCGUAGUACCCGAGAGCUCGGAUCCGUUUGUGGGCAGCAAUGACCUUGGUAGUCCAUCCCUUCGCACACGACGCACUUUCCAGGCAUCGAGUCCUCGUCGCAAAUCUGCUGUGAUGCCUCGGCUCGCUAAACGAACUGCUUAUCAUUCAGCCGGACCCCACUCGCCUACUAAGGGACAGGGGGGCCUGGCAUCCCCUCGGUUGAGGGAUGUGCCUGCGUCUGCUGAUAUACAGCGACAGGCUGCUAAGAUGCGCCGCAAGGAACGAGAAGAAGAUGCCAGUAUUCAGCGAUUGAACAAGCAGUUGCAGGCUAUGAUCCGGGAAGGUAAGGAGGCGUUGGGGACGACGGUGGUAGUGGAUGAUGUCGAUAUGUACGACUCUGAUUAG